AUGAUCCCAUUAAAACAAAUAACUUGGAAUAAGAAUUCAAUAUUUCAGAACACUUUAAUACUAUCGAAGAAAAAUUUAUCUAAAAAUUCUUUAUUAUUAUCAUUAUCAUCAUCAAUGUUUCAAAAACCUCAUCCAAAGCAAAUUUUACGACCACCCCAAAAUAAAUCACAAACUCCAUCGACUAAUCCGGCUGAUAUUUUGAAAAAAAAUGAUAUUUUAAUGUAUUCUACAAAACCUACUAAUUAUAUUGAAUCAGUAACGAAAAAUGGAUUCCAUUUAUCUAAUAAUUUACUCAUUGAAUCUAAAUUGAAUAAAAUCCCACAAAUAGGGACCCUCAAUGCUACUACCACCACUAGUGCUAGUAAAAAUGAUAGUGCUAUUGGAUUAAUGUUAUUGCAAUCCGAAGCAUUUGAAAUAAAAUUGAAUUCUAAUACCAUAAAUAUAAUUGAUGAUUGGUACGUUGAUUUCAAAAUAAAUACUAGUAGUAGUAGUAGUAGUAAUGAUGGUGAUGGUGAUAGUAUUAUUAAAAUAUUUGAAUUGAUUCAUCCAAAACCAGAAAUCUUAAUUGUUGGAUUAGGUAAAAAAUCAAGAAUGUUAUCAAUUGAAAAUAAAAAUUUUUUUUCAAAUUUAGGAAUUCAAUUAGAAAUUACAAAUUCUAAUAAUGGGGCUAAAAUAUUUGAUUUAUUGGCUACUGAACGUCCUAAUGUAAUUGGAGCAAUUUUAUUACCUCCAAAUAUAUAA